AUAUAUGCUCAAACAGUUCAACAUUCAUCUCCACAGUCGGACACUAAAAGUACUUAGUUCUUAGAGUACAUUUUACUGAUCAUUGUGUUCUUUUUUCUUCUGUGUCAAUGCGAUCAAGAGAUUACAUCAAAAGUUUAAAUGACGAUAACAGCAACAAAUGGUAAUGAUGUGGUUGCUUUAAGAGUACAACAAGAAAAUCUUGAACCAAAAAGAUCUAUUGGGAAUGGUACUGGAAUUGAAGACUUAGAUGAUGAUGGAAAACCAAGAAGAACUGGAUCUACGAUAUCCGCCAGUGCACAUAUUAUCACCGCGGUUAUUGGUGCAGGUGUUCUAUCACUGCCAUGGUGUAUUGCACAACUAGGAUGGGUUGCUGGACCUAUUGCGCUUGCCAUCUUUGCCUACAUAACGUUUUACACGGCCAGUCUCCUAGCUGAUUGUUACAGAUAUCCUGAUCCUAGAUCCGGAAAGCGAAAUUAUAAUUACUCUGAAGCUGUUGGAACUUUCUUAGGUCCAAGAAUGCAAAUGACUUGUGGGAUUAUCCAGUAUGUGAACCUUUUCGGUUAUUCAGUUGGCUACACAGUUACAGCAGUUGUUAGCAUGGUGGCAGUAUUCAAAGCUUCUUGUUUCCAUAAAAGAGGUUUGGGAAAUACUUCAUGCAGGGUUUCUAAUUUCCCGUUCAUGGUUGGAUUUGGAAUUUGUGAAGUUAUUCUCUCUCAGAUCCCAAAUAUAAGUGAGCUUACAAUACUCUCAACCAUUGCUACCUUGAUGUCUUUCACCUAUUCCAGCAUUGGUGUGUUGCUCUCGGUGAAUAAAAUCGCUAAGGGAAAUACGGGGAAGACAAGUUUGACUGGAGUUAAAAUUGGGCCAGGAUUUUCAGUAGCAGAUAAAGUGUGGAGUACCUUCAGUGCAAUUGGUGAUGUUCAAGUUGCAUUCUCAUUUUCACUCAUCUUGAUUGAGAUUCAAGAUACUAUGAAGGGUCCAGGGGAGAACAAAAAGAUGAAGAUGGCAAACUUGAUAAGUAUAAUGACAACAACUGUGUUCUAUGCCUUAUGUGGGUGCCUUGGAUAUGCUGCAUAUGGAAAUGAUGCUCCCGGGAACAUGCUCUCUGGGAUUUAUGACCCUUUGUGGUUGGUUGUCCUUGCUAACGUCUGCAUUGUGGUUCACCUCGUUGGGGCGUAUCAGGUAUAUAACCAGCCCUUGUACGCAGCAGUCGAAUCCUGGAGUUCAAAGAAAUGGGAAAAUUCAAAGUUCGUAAAUCACAAAUACUCAGUAAGCAUACCAGGGUUCAAGACCAAGAAGUGCCAUAUCAACAUGUUUAGGAUAGUCUGGAGAAGUUGUUAUGUGAUAGUGGCUACACUAUUAGCCAUGGCAUUACCUUUCUUCAACGACAUACUUUCCUUCCUCGGAGCAACUGGUUAUUGGCCUUUGACUAUUUAUUUCCCGAUAUCCAUGUACAUUUCCAGAAAGGAGAUUAAGAAAUACAGUUCCAAAUGGAUUGCACUUCAAUCUCUUAAUGCAUUUUGCUUGAUCUGCUCCAUUGUUGCUGCUUGUGGUGCUGUUCGUGGGAUUGCCAAAUCUCUUGCCAAUAAUCCUUUCAAGGCCAAAAAUUGAUCUUAAAGGGAUGAAGAUUAUCAAUUGACAAAAUCUUUUGAAGCGAAACCUGAAAGUAAAGCCAGUGUACGGGAAUCGCAUAGCUUAAUGAUCUUAUGAAGUGAUACCGGUAGAAAUACUCAGUCUUUGUAGGUUUGAUGUAAGAGAGUUAAGUGAUAGUCUAGAUUUUAAAAUCUUAGCUUGCUUGUAACUCAUAAUAAGAAAUUCUACACAGCUUUUUUCUUCUUUUGGACAUUUUCGGUUCGGAUCAAUUAAACUUUAUUAUUGAG